UGACGGUCACACUGUAACACCAACGCAAUUUUUUGUUUUCUAUUGAAGGAAAUUAAUGUUAACCAAUUGGCUAAAUUCUCGAAUAUCUUGUGCCCAAGUAAUGAUUUAGGGAGAGAAGACAGUUGAAACUUCAGUAUCUAUAUAACAAAUUGUCGCCGUUGGUUUGUUUAUGAAUGCACACAGCAACGGAGGCGCAGUUGCCUCUGGGGGAGCUGUUGCUAGUACUUCAGGUGCUGCAGCAGCAGGUUGUGCCGCAGGGGGAGGUGCGGCAGGUGGUGCCGGUGCUGCAGCUGCAGGCGCAGCUGGAUGUAGCGCGGCUGGAGGAGGAGAUGCGGCUGCUGCUACUACCAGCGCUGCAGCAGCAACAAAUGGCGCAGAGGGCAGCACCAAUUUAAUCGAUGACCAGGAUGCAAAGCGUCGCAAGUGCUUGGAAACGGAUGAAACUCAAGAUGGGGCUAGCACCAUGAUUGACGCUAGCAGCGUUUUGAAUAAGAUAGCGCAUCUCUAUGCUGAACAGCUGAUGUCAGAUAUAAUACUGUUGGUGGAUGGCAAGACGUAUCCAGCACACCGGGUUAUACUCUGCGCCAGCAGCGAUGUAUUCCAAGUAAUGCUCAUGAAUCCCGAGUGGAACGAGUGCAGCAAGAAUGUAAUUGAGUUGCAUGAGGAUCCAUUGUGCUCGGCAGUAUUUCCACAGUUUAUCAAAUAUCUUUAUGUGGGCCAUAUUGAGGUAACGCUGCAGACAGUUAUGCCGAUGCUUGCAUUGUCGGAAAAAUACAAUGUGCGCGAUUUAAUCGAACUCUGCGUGGGAUAUAUGAUGAAGCAUGUGGCCAAGGCGGCCACCAGCGGCUAUUUGGUAUCUUGGCUGCAAUACUUGCUAUCGUUUACGCCCUCGCACACUGAUCUCACCGAGACGCUCAAGCGUUUUCUCAAAUGGAACCUGGAAAUGGUGGCGGACUCCAAGGACUUUGUUGACAUGGAUACGGCCAUACUGCAGCUGCUGCUGCAGCAGAACGAUCUUGUUGUCAGUAGCGAGUACAAGCUGUUUACCAUAGUGCAAACAUGGCUGCUGCAUCGACGCGAACUCAUCGAAGCCAAUGCCGAGAUCGAAGCGGACAAGAAGCUUACCACCUUCAUGGAGCUCAUUGAGCAGACCGUUGUGCAUAUACGCUUUAGCAUGAUGACGCCUCGCGAGCUGGCCCAUCUGCUAAUCGUACCGCUCAUCGAGUACCACAAGGAAUAUUUGGUUGAACGCAUUGCUAUUGGCAUGAGCUAUCAGUCCGGGCAAGACGAUCGUGUGCGUGAGGUGCGCAAUUCGCAUGGAAAUGAGCUGCAGUUUACGCCGCGUCUUUACUUCAACGAUACUUGGACCGUUGGCGUUGAUGUGCACAACUUUGACGAAAUCGAAGAGUUCAAAAACUAUGUAACUUGCUUCUUCUCGCAACGUCAUAUUGCCGAGACCGAAGAUGAUGCUAGCAUGACUUGGGAAGUGGAGUUCUUUCCGCGUGGCGUGAACUACAUCAAGGCCAAAAUGGUUUGUGGCGAAUACGUGCCCGGCUGCUCAUUGUACACGGUGCGUCUACGCGUUACGUGCAAACAUCAUGACAUAGGCGAAGAGCGCUUCAAGAUUGCUGUGCUCAUUGUGGGCGUGCAGAAUAAGAUAUCACACAUACGCACUGUGGUGGAACGCACGGAAUAUUUUACGGACAAUGCACGUGUCAUCAACUUGGACAACUUGCUGCCGUACGAGGAGCUGGAGCAAUCGUCACGUUAUCUAAGCGCACACCUAACGGGCACUCAACGGAACACACUAUCGCUGCAUGUAGUGAUUACACCCAUGGAUCGUUUUACUUGCCGCGAGACGGCGCUAUUUCAAUUCUAAGUGUUUAGCGGCCAAUCCGCAUAUCUAUUGAAAGCUCACGCAAUGCAACGAGCUCUUAAAUCAAGUUAAUCGAUUUAUUCAAAUAUUCAAAUUCAAUAUAUGUGUAAAAAUGUGUAUGCUGUAUAUACAUACCUU